GCUUAAUUAAGGCCCAUUAAGAGCCUAAUACUCAGCUCUUAGUAAAAGAGGAUCGCGCCACCAUCACGAGUCGCGAGUUUGUGAGAAGUUUGGAGAAUCGAUUUGGGAAUUUAGGGUUUUGCGAAGACUACGACAUAAGAUUUGGCGAUGACUCUGCCUCCAGGUCUUUACUCCGGCACCAGCUCUCUCGCUCUUGUGGCUCGUGCUUCGGCUUUUAGCGUGGGUCUCGUCUACGGGAGCAUGAAGCUCAAGUUCCUCAAGAUGACAAAGCCACACAAGGUUGAAGCUAAUCAUUAAACCAUUUUUUUCCCCUUUACAAUAAAGAUU